AUGUCUGCUCCUGCUGGUGAUAACCCUGGUGGUCCGGAAUUUAUCGGAGGGGGUGAGGCUGCGGAAACUCUCCCCACUAUUUCUCAAGAGUUAUCCUUUGACAGGAUAUAUUCCGCAAAGGAACUCUUUGAUGAUGCCCUCGGUUUUCCCGAAGACUUUUCUUUGCUUUCCCCCAAUGAUGAUUGGGAUGUACUCGGGGAUUUUGGUAAGGAAAAUGCUUCUGUUCAGAAUGAAGGCGCGGAUGAUCACAUUGCACGUGGUGAUGCAGAGACUUGUGUUGAUGGGGAAAUGACAGCAAAGGGGAAGUCUGUGGUUGACUCACCUUCCGAGGAUUUACCUCACUCGCUGAUGUUUGAGGUUCUUGUAAUUUCAAAUACUCGUAAUUCUGUUUCUUAUAUCCCUAAAAUCACCGAUCCUGAGAUCUCUUCAACUUCGUCGGCAGGAUUAUCUGAUAAUGAUGAAGAGAAAGCUGGUUCUUCUGCUGGUGCUGAGAUUGAUUGGAGAUUAUGUAAUGGAAGUGUAGCAGCAGAUUAUAUACCUUGUCUUGAUAAUAUGAAGGCGAUAAAAGGAUUGAAAUCGAGAAGACAUAUGGAGUAUAGAGAAAUACAUUGUCCGAAACCUAAUUCCAGAUGUUUGAUUCCGAUUCCGAAAGGUUAUAAGAUGACGCUUUCUUGGAUGAAGAAUAGGGACAUGAUUGAUUAUAGUAUUUUCCCUAAUGAAGAGAAUACGAUAGAGAAAGAGUAUAACCCCACUAUCAACGGCUAA